AUGAGGUCGACGCAGAUUAUGAAAAGUGAAUUGCACGGAUGCAACCUGUUUGUCCAGCGGCUCAUAGUCCGGAAUUUUUCACGUCUGAGGAGAGCUGGAGAGUUUAGAUACCCGUUGUCGCCGCAGAUACAUCCAAGGUUGUAUAAGCCGGUGUAUGAAAAUGCGAGUCUUCAAAUGUUGAGACUUCAGUCCAGCAAAGCUGGUGUCAGCGAGAAAAGCCAGGCCGAAGCAACAGAUCCCGAAGUAAAAGAAGCUCGCGAUGAGAAGAUAGAGGAGACCGCGGUUGAAAAAUUGGAGAAUUCGCCCACGACGGCGCUCGUGAAUGAGGUGGACCCAAAGGACCCAAAGCCAAAGAAGACUUUGUGGGAGAAAAUCAAGCACGAGGCAGUGCACUACUGGACAGGAACGAAAUUGUUGGGUUACGAGAUCAAAGUUUCGACCAAGUUAUUGGUCAAGUUAAUGGCAGGGUACGGGUUGAGCAGAAGAGAGUCAAACCAGUUGCAAAGAACUGUGGUUGACUUGGCGAGAUUGGUUCCAUUUGCCAUGUUUGUCCUCAUCCCCUUUGCCGAGUUGCUACUCCCAGUUGCUUUGAAAUUGUUCCCCAACUUGCUUCCUUCAACUUACGAAUCCAAACAGGACCGUCAAAAGAAAAAGGCUAAGUUGAAAAAGACCAGAAACGCCGCUAGUGAGUAUAUAAAGAAAACCAUGGAGCAGUCUGGAUUGAAAUUGUCAAAGAAGAUCACCGACGAAGAAAGAGAGGCAUUUGUCCAGUUUUUCCGGGCAAUCUCCAUGGGGAAAAACCCAACUAGAGAGCAAUUGAUCAAGGUUGCUAGACUCUUUAAAAAUGAUCAAGUUUUGGACAAUUUGAGCCGUCACCAGUUGGUGGCCAUGUGCAAGUACAUGUCCUUGAGGCCAUUUGGAACCGAUUCGAUUUUGAGAUACCAAAUCAGACACAGACUCUUGAACAUCAUCAAGGACGACAAGGCCAUCGAUUAUGAAGGCGUCAACUCCUUGAGUAUUCCCGAAUUGCAGAUUGCUUGCUCUCAAAGAGGUAUCAGAACCAGUGACGUUUCGCCAGCUAGGAUGAGAGACGACUUAGAGACUUGGUUGGACUUGAGAUUGAGACAGAAAAUUCCAUCUACGCUCUUGAUUUUGAGUAGCGUUUACACUUAUGGCGACCAAAACAAGGAUGCAGAAACAUACUACGAUGCGUUGUUGGCCGUCUUGUCCUCGAUUCCGGAUGAAGUUUACAAUGUGGCCAAGUUGGAAUUGUCGGAUGACUCAAAAUUGAAAUUGGACAUUUUGAAGGAGCAGGAGGAGUUGAUUGACGAAGAAAACGAGCGAGAAAAGGAUACUGUUAACAAGGUCAAGGACGACAUCCAAUUGGAUGAAUAUGAAGAUACCGCUAGGGAUGGAGUGAGCUAUGAAAAAGACCCCGAGGAGAAGGAACUAGAAAAUAGCAUCAACAACACCGAUGACGAUGUCAAACAAGAGGUGCACAACAAAGCAAAAGAAGAUCCAGAAUCAAGUUACCGCUCGAGCACACUCAAGGAUGAGGACACAGCUAAAGCAAGUCAGAAGAACUGA